AUGUGCAAAGCGACUGGAGCCUUGGAAAUGGAGGCAAAGACGGAUUCCUUGUUGGUUGCUAGUCAAAUUCCAAGGUCUGAGAAUCAUCAAGCCGAUGAUAUCUCAAAACUAGCCAGUUCGGUCGAAAGGGAUGUGCAGCGAACUGUGUUUUGGGAAGUAAAGCCGGCAAAGAGUAUUGAUCAAGAGCAAGUUAUGUUCCUCAGUCGAGGAAAUGUUUGGAUGGAUCCCAUCAUUGAAUUCAAGAAGACUGGACGCCUGUCCACAGAUCCCUUGGAAGCCAAGUAUGUGAAGGCAAGGGAUAAGUGGUUCGAGCUUUGGGACAAAAACUUGUACAAAAAAUCAUUCAACCGGCCACUCUUGAAGUGCAUUACUAGGGAAGACGGGUUGGAUGUCUUGAAAGAAUUGCAUGAAGGAGCUUGUGCCUCUCACAUUGAGGGAAGAGCAUUAGGGGAGAAGGCCUUAAGGACAGGGUAUUAUUGGCCCACCUUCAAGGAAGACGCCUUUGUCUAUGCAAAGAAGUGUGAUAGCUGUCAGAGGCAUGGCAAUAUGUAUCAGAAGCCGUCCAAUUAUAUGACUCGAAUUCUUUUUCCCCUUCCUUUCGCCAAAUGGGGAAUAGAUAUCUUGGGGCCGUUUCCUUUUGAGACGCCUAAGCUUAAGGAAUGUCUGGCCGAUCAGAACAUUAAAGCUCACUUUGCUGCUGUUGCUCAUCCUCAGGCAAAUGGACAAGUAGAAACCUUUAACAAGAUCCUAUCAAACUGCAUAAAGAAAAAGCUGGACAAUGCGAGAGGUCUAUGGGUAGAGGAGCUACAAUUAGUUCUUUGGUCAAUUAGAACCACAUCCAAGAAAUCAGCUGGGGAAAUUCCAUUUAUACUUGACUAUGGCUCAGAAGCCGUCCUUCCCAUUGAAAUAGAAGAACCCACCUUACGAGUUAUGCUACAUUCAGAAGAAACCAACUCUGCCCUUCGUACGGCCUUGGACCAAGUUCUAGAAGUCCGGGGCAAUGCUCUACUUAGAAUGCAGCUGUAUAAACUGCGAAUGGCUCGUGAGUUCAACAAGAGGGUGACCGGAUGGCCAUUGAAGGUAGGGGAUCUUGUCUUAAGAAAAAUGGAAGCAGUCGGCUGCGCCAAAGAAAUGGGUAAGCUCACGCAAAAUUGGGAAGGGCCUUACAAGAUCGUCUAG